AUGUUGUUUACCACAGGUCUACUCUGUGCCCUUGGCACCCUCACGGCAGUCCAUGCUCUUCCCCGGGCUCGAUCCAACUACGCCGUCAAGGAGCGCCACCAUGUGCCCAGGACUUGGUCCCGCGUCGGCGAAGCCUCCAAGUCGGACAUGAUCCACUUGCAGAUUGGCCUCAAGCAACAGAACGAGGGCGAGAUCGAGAGGCAUCUGGUCGAAGUUUCGGAUCCGUCGCAUCAAAGGUACGGCCAGCACCUCUCGCCUGCCGAAAUCCACGAAAUCAUUGCCCCCUCGCAAGAGACACAGGAUCUGGUCAAGGAAUGGCUGGCGGAGCAUGGCGUCACAAAUGCUGUGCACAACCACGCAAAGGACUUUAUCCACGUGUUGGUGCCAAUUGAGAAGGCCGAGCAAAUGCUUCAAACCUCCUACUCGACCUUUAGGCAUGCAGAUGGCUCGGAAAUCUCGCGCGCGCCAGAAUGGUCGCUUCCGCAGCACUUGCACGAGCACAUCGAUGUUGUGCAGCCAACUACCUCGUUCUUCCGCCCCAGGCCAAAGCGCAACGUUGACUCGCAUUCAGAAUUAAUCGGCCCUUCAUAUCCAGCGUCUUGGUGGGAGUCAUAUGGAAGGUGGCACUACGGAAAGGGUAGGCCAUCCUACUCUGGUUCUGGAGCGGGUCCGAUUGCUGCAAUCUGUAACGCCUGUAUGUCACUUUUCCUUGUUCUUUCAGAAGCUUGCUCAUGAUAUCAGCCUUUGUCACUCCGGACUGCAUUCGCACCCUUUACGGCACCUACGACUACAAGCCUCAAGUGCCGCAAAAGAAUGCUGUCGCGCACACCAAUUAUCUGAACGAGACCAGCUAUCGUGCCGACGAUCACAAGUUCCUCCAGACAUUCCGCCCAGAAGCUGCCAACGCAUCAUACUCCUUCGAGAACGUGAUAAUUGCCAACGCCAACAACGAUCAAGGCCCUUACACUGCAACUCAAUUAGCUGCCGGUAAGAACGAGGAGGCGAAUUUGGACUCUCAGCAGAUCCUCUCCAUUACAUGGCCCACCACAUUCAAAACCUACUCCACCGGCGGAAGCCCUCCGUUCACUCCAGACGUCUCGUCACCUACCGACACGAAUGAGCCCUAUUUAACCUGGUUGGACUACGUUCUCGGACAGAGCGAUCUGCCCCAGGUCAUCAGUACCUCAUACGGCGAUGACGAGCAAACUGUCCCCGAGUCGUAUGCGAACAAAGCUUGCUCUGGCUUUGCGCAACUCGGAGCCCGCGGUAUCUCGGUCUUGUUCUCGUCAGGUGAUGCGGGUGUUGGCGGGGACGGCGAAUGCUUCAGCAAUGACGGCAAGAAUACGUCCAUGUUCCUUCCAGCUUUCCCAGCCGGAUGCCCUUGGGUGACUGCUGUCGGGGCUACUAAGGGUGGCGACACUUCGUUCUUGCCUGAAGCUGCCGUUACUCGCUUCGCAUCUGGCGCGGGGUUCUCAAACUACUUCGGCGCACCGAAGUACCAGCAGUCUACGGUCAAUGCCUACGUCAAGAGCCUGAAUGGCCUCUACGAUGGACUUUACAACAAGAGCGGUCGCGGCUAUCCAGAUGUAGCUGCUCAGGGAAAUCAUGACGUUAUCGUUUGGAAUGGCACCAUACGCACCAUUGGUGGAACAUCCGCAUCUAGCCCGACAUUUGCGGGUGUCAUUAGCUUGGUCAACGACGCUCUCAUCGCAAAGGGCAAGCCUACGCUCGGUUUCCUCAACCCCUGGAUCUACUCAGGCGCUUACAAGGCCCUCACGGACGUCACUGUCGGCAGCAGCUUUGGCUGUAACACCGACGGCUUCCCCGCUCAGGCUGGAUGGGAUGCAGGUGAGAUACUAUCAGUACCUGGAGCGUCUUCGUGGAUGCUAACCUCUUUUAGUGACCGGCUUCGGUACUCCUAACUUUACAAAGCUUGUGGAAGCUGCUUUUGAAAAGUACAACGGCAGCUCUCCUGGCGGAUAUGGAGGCCGGGGCAGCCACGGAUGGUAA